UUGCGAGUUUAAGCCUCUCAAACACAGCACUACAAAAUAAAGUCAGGAAUCCGGAAAGAAAUUUAACCAAUAAUUUGAUAUCAGUGUACCUCUAUAAACUUAGUUAUUCGCUGGUGAAUAUGCAUUGUGUUUAUAAACUGUAGCUAUCUUUGUUUUACCGAGUUAACGCUUGUUAUUGUGAUUAACGUACAGUUACGCCGAAGACGAGGCCCUGCCGGGUGCAAAACAAGCGGUCGGUUCCACUGAGUUGAGAUAGAGACUAUGUAACAAACUACACCAUGACAUCCAGAUUUGGUAAAACCUACAGCCGUAAGGGAGGGGAGGCCAACUCCAAAUUUGAUGAGGUCUUCUCCAACAAAAAGGCCACCCUAAGCACCAAAUGGGGAGAGACCACUUACAAAGCCCAACUGGGCUCCAAGAGACUAACCCAGAAGCCGGAGAUAGUAGAGUUACCCAAGAGGCCCCGGAUUGAGGACGAUGACAGCUCAGAGGAUCCUUUUGGUUUUGACAGCGACGAUGAGUCCAAGCCUGUCGCCUCCCACAGUGUGCUCCAAUCUAAACCAUCUGAGGCUGAGGCCAGUAUAACAACUUCUUCUAAAGUCACAGUCCCAGUGGAUAACAGUAGGAACUCAAAUACCACAUCUAUAGAAAAGAAAGCUAGUGAGCCUAAAGAAAGUAGUACCCAGUCCUGGUACAAAAAUACAUCUGAGAGUAACCAGAAGCCUGUUGCUCAGUCCUCUGUUUCAAAAACUGUGCCCAAUGACCCUUAUGUGGAAUGGAGCUUAAUAGGGACCCAAAGCUCCUCCACCUACUCCCCUUGCAUGGACACUCACCUGGGAAAAGACUCCGCUGAGACACCAGUGUUCAGCGGGGACUCCCAGUUCUCAUCUCUCCAGGAUGGUCUGUCUUUGGAUGGGAUGAAAAGUGCUGAACUGGAGGUCCCAGCCGAGCCUGUGAUUGACAACAUACCACCUUCCCCGUUCCUCCUCAGGCCCUCCAACACUAGGAAGUACAUCCGACCCAAACCCAACAAGGCCCAUGAUGGUCCAGACCCUUGUGCUGCUAGCGACAGCGAUCCAACAGUGGCUGCCAGUGCUCUGGCUGCACUGAAGCCCAACAGCAUGUCCACCUCCAGCGAUAGCAGUGGCGCUAAUGUGACCAAGACUGUGGCUAAACUGGCAACUAAACCUGCUGGCAGGGGCCGUGUGCGUGACUACACGGUGCUGCACCCGUCUUGCCUGUCAGUGUGUAAUGUCACCAUCCAGGACUCAAUAGAGCGCAGCAUGGAUGAGCUUAUCACCAGCACCCCACCUGCUGAUUUGGGCGAGGCAGGGCGACUGAGGAAGAAGGCAGACAUACCUACAUCGAAACCCACAAGAUUCCGGCCCACCCAGAGUAAGUCCAAGAAGGAGACCAAGCUAGAGUUUUUUGGCUUUGAGGACAAGGGUGAUCAGGAAGGGGAGGAGGGGGCGGAUGGCAUGGCUGGGGGCAGCAGCAGUUACAAGAUCAAGUACUUUGGCUUUGAUGACCUCAGUGAGAGCGACAGUGAUGAGGACGAGGGCUCCCAGGCUAAAGAGAAGAAGGUCAAGAAGACUGCAGUGGCAUUAUUUGCCGUAACGCCGAGUGUGGACAGCCCCCAACCGAGUGACUCUCAGGACAGUCAGAGCAGCACCAAUACAGAUAUUCUGGAGUUUUCUGAUGACUCAAGCUCUGGUGGGUCUGAAGGGCAGAAAGGUUGUUCAGGAAAACAUGGAGACAAACCCAAGGAGAUUGGCAGGAAGAUCUUCAGUGGGCCCAAAAAGUCCCCUGCUAAAGCUGUGUACAAUGCCCGCCACUGGAACCAGCCUGAGCCUGAGGAGAUGCCUCCGUCAGCCCUAGCCCAUGCACAAACUGCCCCGGCCUGUGUAUCGAGUGGAAGUGGCAAGGACACCGACUCCCACAAAGAUGACGGCCUGUUCAAAGCUCCUCCCCCACCACCUAAAGUCAUCAAGUCUGUGACCAUCCCGACCCAGCCUUACCAGGACAUUGUCACAGCUCUCAAAUGCAGGAAGGAACAUAAGGAGCUGUACACUGUUGUACAUAAUGUUAAGCACUUCAAUGAUGUUGUGGAGUUUGGGGAGAAUCAAGAGUUCACUGAUGACUUUGAGUACUUGGAGACGGGCCUGAAGAGCAGUCAGCCACUCAACACACGAUGCCUUAGUAUUAUCAGUUUAGCAGCAAGGUGUGCAAUGCCCAGCUUCCGGAUGCAUCUCCGGGCCAGAGGGAAAGUGGCUCAGGUGUUCAAGAUGUUGAAUGAUGCCCCGCAGCAUCCGAACCUGGCCCUGUGUACCGCCUCUCUGAUGUACAUCCUAAGCAGAGACAGACUGAACAUGGACCUGGACCGGGCUAGUCUGGAGCUAAUGAUCAGACUGUUAGAGUUGGAGCAUGACCAUUCUGCCCAUCAGGACCAGCUCACUGCCAAGGAGAUAAGCAAGGUCAAGGAGAAGAUCCGUAAACUGUGUGAGACGGUCCACAACAAGCACCUGGACCUGGAGAACAUCACGUCAUGUCACUUGGCCAUGGAGACUUUGUUGUCUCUGACCUCUAAGAGGGCUGGAGACUGGUUCAAAGAGGAGCUGCGCUUACUGGGAGGCCUGGACCACAUUGUUGACAAAGUGAAAGAAUGUGUCCACAACCUGAGUCAAGAGGAUGACAAGGAGAAGUUGGUGGCGUCGCUAUGGGGGGCAGAAAGGUGUCUAAGAGUCCUGGAGAGUGUUACUGUCCAGAACCCAGAAAAUCAGGGCUACCUGAUUGCCUACAAGGACUCUCAACUUAUAAUAUCCUCUGCCAGAGGUUUACGGUACUGUGAGGAGAUGAUCCAGCGCUACAGCCGGGAGGUAAACAGCUCUCUGUGUUCAUCAGGCACGGCACUGCCCCACUGCAGCUUUAGCAAUGUGGGCAAGGCUGUGGAGGACUGCAUGAGGGCUGUCAUAGGGGUGCUGCUCAACCUCACCCAUGACAAUGAGUGGGGAAGCACGAAGACUGGGGAGCAGGACCAGCUUAUCAUCACAGCACUCAACUGUGUCCUCCAGGUCCCACGAUACAUACCUCAGGAACAACGCUUUGACAUCAGAGUACUGGGCCUGGGGCUGCUGAUUAACCUGGUUGAGUACAGCGCAAGAAACCGCCAUUGUUUGGUGGACAUGGAGUUCAACGCAAAAAGCCCUGAAGGCAGCCAAGAAGAGGGAGAAAAGACCCAGACCCCAGAACCUGUACCAGCCUCCAUAGAGUUGAGGUCAGAGCCGGCUACAGCAGCAAAUCCUGAGGCAGAGGCGAAGAUUGCGGAGGAAAAGACCAUGGGCUACUCUUCAGGUGCCCUGGCUGCUCUUGUGCAGUUCUUCCUGGAGCGAGAGCGUGCAGCCAUAUUGGCAGAAGCGCAGACUGAUGACCUCAUCAGUGAGGCACCCAAGCCUCAGGACCAGAGUGGGGAGUGGCAGGAGACGUCUGGUGAGAUCCAGUGGGUUGCUGCUGAAAAUAAUGACAGCGGAAAUGACAAAGGGGAGGAAAUGAAGAAAGAGGAGGAAGAAGAAGAGCUGGACCUCAACAAAGCUCUGCAGCAUGCUGGGAAACACAUGGAGGAUAGCAUCGUGGCCUCCUACACAGCCCUCCUCCUGGGAUGUCUAUGUCAGGGCAGUCAGGUUAAUGUGACUACUGUGCGGGAAAACUUACCCAAGGGUGAUUUCUCAAUCAUGACAGAAAUGCUGAAGAAGUUCUUGAAUUUUAUGAACCUCACUUGUGCAUUUGGCACCACAGGGCAUAAGUCCAUCUCUCGUGUCAUAGACUACCUGGAGCACUGUUAGCGAACCCUGCUUGUUGGUAGAGGAUCCAGUUAGAUCUGGCAACCCCACAAGGGCACUGUCAGAUCUGGCAACCCCAGUAGUAGGGGCUGUACAGAGAAUGCACCAGAAUUGAUCGGUGUCCCAACAGUGUCCCCAGCAUCGCUUCAACCUGCAUCCUCAUUCUGAAGAGCAUGACAAACACACACAAACUCAGCGUCUCAAGCACUUUCUGAACCAAAGCUUCGUUAACAUCUACCAUUGUUUUUUGCAAUAUGUGCAUUUGUUCACACACCAACUCACUACUGGUGAGAGUCCUGGUUGAUCAGUUGAUUUUAAAUUGAAUCAAGUAUGUAAUCAAUGGAAAUCCCUCAUGGGUUUGUCAGUGUUGGUUAAGUUGUGUGAAAUGGUUGAAUGCAAAAGAUCAGUGUAUCCGUUUAAGUGAUUUCCCAUGGCCUGUUAUGGUUGUAGAAAAGGGAUGUUCAAUGUAGAAACCACCUCUACUUCUAAGUCCCAAUUCUGAUUAGGUUUGUUAUUUGUUAAAGCUCACUAAUGUUGAAAUUCACCUCUUAAUCUUUUAGGUUUUAUUUUUGUCAGUGCAUUAUUGUUGUUUAGGUUCUCUUACAAGGGCAUGUCAAUGGUAUCUUAAUUUAGUCAAAGGGAUAUUUUUCCUUUUUGUUCAUUAGUCUUACAAUUGACUGCUGACAUGCACACAGUAAUGAAUGAAAUACUAAAAGAUAGUUUUAGAGUAAAAUAUCCCUUUAAAAUAAAUCAGCAGGUCUGGAUGGCUUUUAAUGUUAUUUAAAUCUUUUGUUUUAAAAUAAUAGCACUUGAAUGCUUUUAGUUAUUGUUUUAUUCCUUGCCUUUCCCACUGUACUUUACAGUAAAAAAAAAAAAAAAAAGGUGUAGUGUUUUAACAUUUGCAAUUUGGUCAUUUUUUGAUUGUGUGUGUUUUUUGUGUACUUAUACCUUUGGAUUUUGGUCUGCACAGCAAGUUGCUGUUGUGGAAAUCUGAUGCUGAGAGAUGCUUCAAGUCUCUGUGCGUUCCUUACAGGGUAUGCAACCUUGUUCCUGGAAAGCCGAAGGAUUUUGAUUAAACUGACCCGUAGGACCUGAGGUGUCUUCAGAUUGCGUAAACAUUCAGUACAUUCCAGAUCGGUCUGUACUGAAUAAAAAGGUUUUUUGACGUUACAUUUGGUGGGUAUUUAAGUGGCCAUACUGACAGCUAUCCCCAACUCAUUAUCCCUCCAUAUAUUUUAAAUAGCUGUUCAGUUCUUUACUGAUUCCAUUCACUUGUUCCAAAAUGUUAAAAAAAAAAAUACAGGCCAGGUGUGUUGAAUUUAGUCAAUUACUGAACUAACCAACCCAGCUAAUUGAUCUUUUUAGUAAAUAAACUCUGUACACCCAGUCCAGGUCGGUAAAAUCAGAAUCAUGUGUACCCUGAGGCUCUCCAGGGACUUUGCCUACGCCUGACAUAACACAUUACUUGAAGUGGCUGAAUAUAAUAACUGCUGUAAAUACAGUUUUCAUUAGACUCAGCUUGGCAUUAAUGAUAACCAAACCUCAGCCGACUGGCAUGAUCCACAUUUCAAAAUGAUUGUUUGUUGCCUAUAGCAUUUUACAAUUUCUGUGGGGUAUUGACCUACUGUGCUGUCCAAAGGUAUUUGGACUGUUACAAGUUUUGUUGUUUGGGCUCUGUGCUUGAGCACAUUAGAUUUGAAAUGAGCAAUGAUUAAGGGGUUGAAGUGCAAACGGUCAGCUUUUUAGUGUGAUGGUAUAGAUCCAUAAAACUGUGAACCUCUACAGCUGUUUUCAUACGUAGUCCCCCCCUCCCAUUUUAGGGGUCCAAAAGUUAUCUGCGAACUAUUUGAAAUAGUUUUCACAUUUAGUACUAUGUUGCAAGUCCUUUGCAUUCAAUGACUGCCUGAAGUCUGCGACCCAUGGACCUCACCAGAUGCUGAGUAUGUUCCCUGGUGAUGCCUGGCCUCUAUCGCAGUAAUCUUCCGUUCCUGUUUGUCUGGUAUUUUCUGCCCUAUUCUUGUCCUCAGCAAGUGGAAUGCAUGCUCAAUUGAAUUCAGGUGGGAUUAUUGACUUUGCCAGUCAAGAACAUUCCACUAUUUGGCCAUGAAUAAACUCCUUGGUUGCUUUAA